UCGUCCAAUCGUCUUCAUCGUCUUAAGUAAUCGUUGUCAAGCCAAGCUACCUAGCAAGCCUUUGUUUUUCCUGGUCCCGUCCCGGAUACGAGAUGGAGAACGAAAAGUCGCGUUGGUUCGAAUCAGCUCAGCCCACUCGCGGCCGGGACCUUGUCGAAACGGUCUCACAAGCCCGUAUUAAAAGCUUUUCUCAGCCCGAAAGCUGAACGCACUCGACAUUUCUUAGGAUUCCCUCUAAAUUGUAACCUCGUCAUUGCAUAACUAUAACAUUCGUUACCUCCUCAAAAGCAAUUUAUUAUAUACUCGCAACGCCGUUUCAGAAAUCACUCCAAUCCCGAAUCCCGAAAAUGGCUUCAUCCGUACCUACACCGACGCCGUCCUCCUCGGGUUGCGGCGCGCUACUCUACGUCAUCCCAGUGCAGGACGCGGCGUGUGCGCUACCUGCGACGGGCAACAACACCGACAUCUUGGGCGCGUGCUGCGGUGCUGCCGACGUAGUCUCUUACUAUGACGGAUGCGGACUCUACUGCCUCGCCGCGGGCCAGACCGUUGGCGACCUUACCAAGUGUCUAGGCGAGAAGGGGGCCUCUCCUGGGAAUAUCUUCUGCAACCAGAACACUACAGCCACAGCCACCGAUACGGGGGCGCCUCUACCUACCUCGGCCAGCGCUAGCAUCGUUGUCACACAUAGCGGUGGCUCGAAUCCAACCCAGAGCAGCGGCGACGGCGACAGCGACGACAACCCAAGCUCAACGGAAUCUCCCGGCGCCGCUGCUGGCCUUCGACCCGAAUAUACUACCGUGAGCACCCUAGGAUGUACAAUCGUAGCCCUACUCUUCUCAGCAACGGCGAUCGGUGCCCUGCAGCUAUAGAUUAAUAAUAGAUGAAGUUGGAGGAUUUUUUUGGGCAUGGCAAAAAGGUGGAAAUAAUGGGAGCACUACGUAUAUAUACCUCCAUCACAAUCGGAUGCCAACGAACUAUACUAUACCACUGAGGAUUUACAGCGCCUAAGUUUACCUUGCUAGGGUUAUAACCAGUCGUAAGGGGGAGUCUAGUUUAGCAUUCGUAGCUUAAUAUGUAACAUAUUUUUUU